CGAAUUAAUUAAUUUUACUAUUAUCACAAAAAUUUACUAAAGUAAUAAGUUAAAACUUCGCCAAUUAAUAAUUGGCAACUAUCCGUUAUGAUGGAGUCUAUUUCUCCAGUCAUCGUGCUCCUCGAUCGGAACACGAAACAAGUUGAAAAUAAAACUGUUAAUAACUUUGAAGCAUUUAAAAACCAGUCAAAAAUCAAAAAGUGUUCGAUUUGUGGCUCGUCGCGAGGUUAUCGCGACGUGCCACUUUUUUCAUGAAGAGAAAUUCAUACCGAGUCCAGUCCAGCAUUGCCCAGAGCGGGUCUCAGCUGCUGCUCGAAUAAAAUGUAAACAUUUCACAAUAAUCAAUUAAUUUUAUUUGUAAUAUUAACACAAAAAUUUACUAGAGUAUUAACUGAUCUAUAAAAUAGCUCAAUUAUUAUGGAGUCUAUUUCUCCAGUCAUCGUGCUCCUCAAUCGGAACACGAAACAAUUCGAAUUAAGUGAAACUGUUAAUGACUUUGAAAUAAAAAAUAUGUCAAAGUCAAAAAUAAUUAAAAAGUGUUCAAUUUGUGGCUCGUCGUCGCUAGGCCAUCGCCCCAUGACAAAAAAGCAACUCUGCUCCUUCCGCCAGCUCGUGAAAUCCUGUUGGAAUCGGAAAAGUCUGCCAAUUUGUGACCCUUGUCGCCAACAUUUGAACCAAUUAAUUAAACUGAUGGAGGAAAUGGACCAAUUGACCGUGGCGAUGGAGGCGCUAGUGAAAUUAAUCAAGUUGAAGAUGAAAUAUCAAGAAAUUGCGAGGAGAAAGAGCGAUUCAGGUCCAGACUACUUGAAUGACGAGACGAGCUUAUCUUCAAAUGAAAAGGAGGAAGCACUGAUCCUUGAUAAGCAUGCGGAAAAUCUUGCCAGCGACGACCACGUAAAUGAUGACGUAAAACCAUUAAUUCUGAAUUAUGAAGAUGACGACCUUGACAGUUAUGAAGAGCAAAGAGUUAUUAAGGAAGAGAUAAUCCUGCCCCCAGAUAAACGUCCAGAAAUCACAUGUAAAAAACCUGGGCCCUUGAGUAAGACAAGGAAGAGAAAACGAGACGAUUGCACGGUGCUCGACAAUGUAAAGAGUGAGAUGAAGGAUGAAGAUAUGUCAAGCUUUGUAAAAGUAGAAGAAGAAAACGUCGAGAACUGGGCGCUAUUCUCAUUUUCGGACAAUGAGCUUGACCAGGGAGUCGAUACAGAAAUGAUCCUUCCCGACGACAAUGUUAACAAUAACGGUAUCCCAACAAAUGCACCGCUACAAGUUGCGCCGUUUACCCUUACCCUGCCAGUUACCCUACCCGAUUUCAGUCAAAACGACCAAUUUAUUACCGAAACGACGGAAGCUUUUUUGCCCUCGUAUUACUCCACGGGCGAUUUACACAGUACUUCUUCAGUUCAAACUGCAAAGAUCAUUCGACCAAAUACUAUUCCACCUCUGCCAACGCAAUCUGCACAUUUAUUUACUUUGGGAAAACGAUUCAUCCCAGAUUCAGAAGCCGUCUGCCCAAACUGUGGAACGCGUUCGAGAGAUUUGCAUUUCUGCGAGUACUGUAAAACUCGAUUCUCGGAUUCUAUAAAAAUUAUCAAUGUUAACGAAAUGCUUGAAAGGGCAAUGUGUACGGAAAACUGGAAAUCAUCGCUUCCUGAGAGCCGGACUCGAACUCAAUCAUCUUCAGAAACUGAAGAAAUCGUCAAGAUUACGGUACCCCGAAAGUCGCGUCGCAAUGCAGUCAUGGACGAAGCAUCGUCGUCCAAACAAACUUCCGGAAGUGGCAACGAGGACAAUAACGAUGGUGAAAGUAAAGGCGACGAAAUUCAGGUUGUAUCCGACAAAUUAGCACCAGCACCAUCUAAUUUUUCACCCGACACGAAGAUAACCCUUCAAUGUCGCACCAUCAACGUGGGGACUUAUCAACUUCAGGCUGCAGGUUUGACUGGCUUCCUUCCCGUGACCAUUUGCAAGAAGGGGAUCAAAUUCGUAAUGCCGCACACUCAAUUCGGAAGGAAAGGUGUAAAGUGUUGCAUACCAAUGAAGUCCAUUACCCGAUUUAAAAUUCAUCCCCACAUGGCCUCCCUCACCAUGCAGGCAAAAUUUUAUCUCGACAAGCUGAGAAGGUCGCUAGGAUUUAGCGACAAUCCUGAAGACGCCAACUACCACUAUCAUCCUCACAGUAAAAAUCCCCGUCAGAAGAAAAUUACACUUGUUUCACACGACAAUAUGAAGGACAGGAUGCCCGUGCUAAAGUUUCUCAUUCCCAGCCCAGCUUAUACGCGUUAUGCACGUCAUAAAGUCAGGGGGGUCCAAUCCGGAAAAAUCAUCCGUUUGACUGGAAAGCCUAAUAAAACCCGGAAUCUAGCUCCAGGGGCGGGCAGUUGCCCGGGGGAAUGAGGCGCCAGUGAUAAUAUUAUAUUUUAAGUGAUUUAUUUAUAGCAUACAGUGGCGGGUAAACCGGGUAUGUGACAUUGGUGACACCUAGGGGCCCCCGCGCAGCGGGGGCCCCCAGGCCGGCCGUCAUCUCGGUGCAGUGCCAGGUAAACGGGGAAGGUGAGGUAUUUGUGACGUAGAGGCCCUCACGCAGCGGGGUCCCGCAUGCAUAGUCUAGGGUGGGACUAUACGUAAAUUUUUACAAGAAUUGCCAGCGAAUUUCUAAAAUAAAUUCACUGAUACUACGGCAAUGCAAAUAUAAGAAUUAAUUGGUGGUAUGUACUCAUGUUCCAAGUAAUUUGCGAAACCCCGAGCAAGUGGUUAAGCAGCUACAUAUAUACGUAGAUAAAGUAGACAUAAACGAAAAACGUACUAUUUAAGGGCUCCAAUAAUUUUUGCACGUGAUUCCGCAAAAUCUGUUGCCAGAUAAAUAAUUUUUAAUAAAAUUGGGGGCCCCUUGACAGGCUAGCCAAAUUACACGAUUUUUAACGUAUUCCUGCGAGUCAUGUUUUUGUGCAUACUUAUUUGGUCAAAUAAAAAAUAAUUUGCUCUGUUUAAAUUAUAACAUUUCUCUCAAUCUAUUCUUUAAUCGGUUACUCGGGUUGCGAAUUCUUGGCUUCCCGUCUUGCCGAACGAAAGUCAGAUUAACUCUUUGCAAAUAAUGUAAUUAUCACCGUCAAGCUAGAACUAAUAAUUUAAUUAAAUCGACAAAAUUACGUGUGGCUGCUAACUUAACUCAGGCAUGCUCAUGACAUUUUCACCGAACUAACUUAAAGAAUAUCUUUAAGUUAUUCACUCUCAUAAAUAAAUGAGAGAACCCGUAUUUUGCAUUUAGUUGAAUACGAGUUUUGCCACCCGUGAAGGAAUUUUUGAUUAUUUUCAGCGUCUCAUCAUGAGUUGCUCAUGACUUUUUAAAAAACUGCAGCAUUUCAAAUUUUAAACAAAUUUCAAUCAUUGAAGUACACGUUUAUUCAGAAUUACAUUAUAUAACUUUACAAAAUUUCCUUCUCAAAAACAUCAAAUUUUCAGUAAUUUGAGUUUCUUUUGCAUUUCCUAAAAUUGUCAAAUACAUGAAUGCAAAUUUUAAAUAUCAGACGAAUUUAGAAAUGUAUUUUCCUAAUUUGAGGUAGGUAAUUUUUAGAAAUCCACUUUUUAAACUUGUCAUAUCGGCUUGAAAUAAGAAAAGUAAUAGGGUUUUGAAAAAUCCUUAGUUUGACUGAAAUUUAAUUAAAAAUUCCGCCACAUGCGAAAACAAGCGCAUUAAUAAGCAAAACUGUAGGCUUCUUUGUUGCUGAGCAAUUUAAAAUUAAAGUCGAAGAAACCCAGUCUGCACAUUGGUUAGUAUACUAAAUAAAUCAUCACGAAAAAGUCACCUAGGGGCCCCUAACUGGCUAUACCCGCCACUGAUAGCAUAAUUGUUAAUGUUUAUGAGUAACUACUAGUUACUAACUAGUGAAAUGUAGAAUUAAGUGUGCUAAAUAUGAUGAUGGAUUUCUGACGAUUGAUUUUUAAGUGUGCGAGUUUAUGUAAAUCAACUUCAUUAGAACAACGGUUUGGUUAAGUUUAAGAGGAUAACAUUUAGAUAUUCACUAUUUUUGUAUUGCAAAUACAUACUUGUCAAUUUUGUUUAAUUUUUCAGAAAAAAACAAUUCAAUAAUUUUUGAUAAUUUUAAGCUUCGACAUUUUAAUUUUAAUUUUAACUACAUUUUCCAUGCACUUUCCAUAAUUAUCCAUAUUUCCUCUUUCUAUUUCCAAACAUGUCACUCAUUCUGACAACUGCGUAUGUAACUGCAUGAGAGUGUUAAUUAUGUCGUAAUUUGUGUUUAAGUGUGAUACAUAUAAACGCUUAGAUAUGUCAACUUUCAAUAAGUUGAUACAUAAGUUUGGUAAUUUAUAAAACUGCAAAUACUUAGUUUCAUUAUGCAAAAAAAUUCGAUGUAAAACAUGUUUAUGCUCGUAUUUAAGCCCAAAAUUUAUUUUCCAUUUGGGUAUUUCUGCCGGUAAUAAAGAAAUUAAAGAGUCUUUAAUAGAGACUGUUGAAUUUCUAUAUUUAUCA